CGUGCAACCCGGGUCUCGGCCAGAUGACGCUCGGGGUUCGGUUCGACACAUCGCCUCCCAAGUCCCGCACCUCGUCCGAGGACCUCAUCACCGCCCGCCCGCUCUCGCCGCCUGGGUCUCAUGAAUCCCGUCACGUCUCUGACCGCAUCGGCCUCGGCCGCGGUCCUGCUCGGGAAGCUUGGGAACCUCAAGCGGCCACAGACACCCGUCGUCGACAAGACGAAUCCGUUCAUCGGGUACUUCCACAAGGGCUCGACGCCACCGCCGCCGCACCGGCUGCACCACGCGCCGCGCCCAAAGCAUGCGCCCAACAAGCAGUACCACGCCCACCAGCGCUUCGCCGAGUAUCUGAGCACGUCGUCGUCGCGCCACUACGAGCCGAAGCGUUCAGCCAAGCCCCACCAAGCGACAAACACCGCCCAUAGCAAGUUGCUCGAGCACUCGACCACGUCGUCAACGGCAAGCACGGCGCCAUCGUCGGCGUCGGCGUCGCCCAUGCUCGACGCGCCCUUCUCCCGCCGCAACAGCAGCGUCGACCUUGCCCGCGCCGACGACCGGCCCGUCGCGCCGGCGCCGUUGACAACGCUCCCGUACUUUGCCGCGCGCUUCAACCAAGACUUCAAGUCGCUGCGCGUCUUGGGCCAGGGUGGUCAAGGGUGCGUGACCGAGGUCGAGAGCAAGCUCGACCACAAGCGGUAUGCGAUCAAGAAGGUGCGCGUGCAGGCGACCACCGAUAGCCGCGAGAAGAACCGCCACCUGACGCAGAGUCUCCGUGAGGUGCACUUGAUGGCCAACCUGCCGCGCCACCCCAACAUUGUGCGCUACUACACGUCGUGGCUCGAAGACGAAGCCGAGAACGUGGUCGCGCCAAGCCCAAGCGUCGACGACGACGACGAAGCGUCCAUGGCGUCGGAGGAGUUUCUCUCGUACGACGCAGGUAGUUCGUGCGGCUUUGAGUUCGAGUCGGCCGAGGACUUGAUGGCCGACCCGGCCGCGAGCGUCGAAGCGCCGACCAAGGCGCGGACGUCGUCGACGUCGUUGCCCGCUAUCAACCUCUUCAUCCAAAUGGAGCUCUGCAAGCAAACCGAGUCCAUCUCGAACCUGGCGUCGUGGCUGCGCUCGACCAGCGACGACCGCGUCACGACGCGCGCGGGGCAUGCGAUGGCGAUGCAGCUCUUCACCGACGUCGUCCGCGGCAUCAAGCACAUCCACGCCUUUGGCGUCAUCCACCGCGACAUCAAGCCCGACAACAUUUUCCUCCAGAACGGCGUCGCCAAGAUCGGCGACUUUGGCCUGUCCAAGCACAUGCACGAAGCGACGUCUGUCGACGAUGGCUUCUCACCGUCGCCAACGCUCGUCGAGAGUCCGACCAAGUCGACCAACAGUCACACGACGGCGCUCGGUACGUUCUUGUACGCGUCGCCCGAGCAAGUCGGCCGCGGCCAAGCGCCCCAAUCGACGUUUUAUUCGGAAAAGUCGGACAUUUUUGCGCUCGGCGUCAUGCUUCUCGAACUCUGCUCGUCGUUUUCGACCAUCAUGGAGCGCGUCCAAGUCCUCACGGCGGUGCGCCACGGGGUUGUGCCCGCAGCAGCGCAAAUGGCCUUCCCCCUCGAGAUGGGCUUGGUGGCCAAGAUGACGGCCUUGGACCCGCGUGACCGCCCCUCGGCCGACGACAUCUUUUCUGCUCUCUCGCCGACGUGGGGCGGCGUCUUCCAGGCGCUCCAGGACAAGCCGUGGAUGCAACUCGACUCGCUCGCCGCCUAAGGUCGACCAGCUGCGUAAUCACUCCAACAUAAUGGUUGCUGCAGCAAACACACAAAAGAUGCAAAACAAGAUUAGACGGAGGAUCGAUGUGGGGACCGAUAGGCGCUUCAGGCGUCGGCGCGCGCCCGCUUGAGGCUCCACGCCUGCGCGGCCUGGAGGAGCUUGAGGUUGGACUGCGCCUUCUCGUCGUCCGGGAAGAGGUAGUC